AUGCUCCGCCGUCAGGUCGUGCUCGACCUUUCCGUUGCCAUGGGUCUUGGUGUGACCGCUGGUUACGGCUGGUGGUACGGCUACCACGUCCCCGCCGUCCGUCACCGCGACGCUUUCUACCAGAAGCUCGAGGACGAGCGUGCCGCAGCCCUUGGUCAGAAAUAAGCGACAAAGCAUCACGAAACAAGAUCUCCUAUGUUCCGAGAAUGCAAGCAUGUAUAGAGGGCUGCUGGAGCUGGGACCAAGUGUAUCAUAGGUGGGGUGAUCCCCCGAAGGCAUGCCAAAUCGAUAUCAGCCAAGUCAACACAACGCCAUGUCUCGUUCCA